AUGGAAAAUAGAGAACAAUUAAUGUUGUUAGUUGAAAAAGUCAUUGGAAUAGUAGCUGAAGUCAUAAAAUGCUUGAAGGUGGUGCAAGGUGAACGAUGUGUCUUAGGCCUCGGCUGUGCUAUGUAUGUCGAUGAUUUAAGGUUUGUAAAAACAAUAGAUGCAGCUGAUAAAAAGUACCUGAAGGUUGAGUUUGAAUGUGACGUUGGUCAAUUUGUUGUUAGAAGGAAGUCUAUGGAAAAGAAGAUUGUUGAAAGGUUUUCCCGAGAUCUUGACUAUCUAAUGAAGCUCGUUGAUUUAAAAGUGAUGUUCCUAUUGGAACAAGUAAUUCGAUGGUUCCCUGGUAUAAAAAUGAACAUACUGAAUAUUCUUACGCCUAACUAUAGUAAAAGAGAAAUGUUUUAUGUCACUGCAAAGUUAAGUAUAGCAUGUGGAAUACACACAGAAAAAGGUGUUCUCUGUGAUGAAUUUUGCUGUCAGAAUAGGUUUGGACAUUAUUGGAAAUCUGCUGAAAAAACAAAUUCAGGUGGUUUUAAAAAAAAGAAAGAAGUAUAUAUUAAUGUAAUGAAUGAUAGAAAAUUGGGCAGAUAUGAAGAAACAGGAAUAAGGG